AUGGCCUCGCAGAACACCGACCCCGCCAAUGGGCGCCCCGCACGGAAGGCCGCCGAGCCCGGAGGAGGCGCAGCCCGAGGCUCCGUCCGCAGCAGGCUGCAGCAGGAGCUCAUGACGCUGAUGAUGUCUGGCGACAAAGGGAUUUCGGUUCCUGAGUCGGACAACCUCUUCAAGUGGAUUGGGACCAUCAACGGAGCUGCAGGGACGGUGUACGAAGACCUGCGGUACAGGCUGUCUUUGGAGUUCCCCAGUGGGUACCCAUACAAUGCGCCCGUAAAAUUCCUCACCCCCUGCUACCACCCCAACGUGGACCUGCAGGGCAACAUCUGCCUGGACAUCCUCAAGGACCAGUGGUCAGCUCUCUUCGACGUCCGGACCAUCCUCCUCUCCAUCCAGAGCCUGCUGGGGGAGCCCAACAUCGAGAGUCCCUUGAACACGGAUGCAGCGGAGUUGUGGAAGAACCAGGCUGCCUACAAAAAACGUCUUCACGAAUCCUACGCCAAGCAUGUGAAAAGCCAGGAUCCCUGACUGCGGCCUCUCUCUCUCUCCACCCCGGCGGUGGCGGCGGCUUCUUUCUCCUGUCCCUCUAUGCGCUGACUAUGAAUGCCAGGUUGUAUCAUAAGUUGUUUUUAAUUUUAUUUGGCAUUUUGUCUUAAUGUAUAAAUAAAUGUGUGUGCUGUGUUUUCUA